UUGCUAACUAACUCUACCUUCUAUUACAAAUUUCUACUUGUGACAAUGUCGAGGAUAUAUCUGCCGAUUAAGGAAAUUACGGAAAACACCAACAACUGGACCGCGCUUAUCCAGGUUGUUGAGAGGCCACCCGUUCACCAAAGCAAAAAUGAUUCAAUGAUGCAUUAUCGCAGAUACUUAUUCACAUAUGAAGAGGGCACAAAAGUUGCUGCAGUUGUUUACAACACUGUCAUCGACGAAUUUGCGCUACAGUUGCUCAUGCCAUACAAAAGAUACUACAUUUCUAGAGCAAAAGUACGUACAGAGAUACCACUGUAUCAGGUUGGUGAUUACAAGUACAAAUGGACUCUGGUUAAAGGUACCAUGUUGAAGAAUAUGAAGAACCCCUGCCCACACAACUUCUGUGCUCAAUUGAAAUUCAUCUGUUUGCAAAUUUGCACAAAUAUGCAGACACAGAGAAUCCCAGAAACGAAGACUUGUUGGAUCAGCGGAAAAAUCAAGCUCGCAAGCGACAACAAAUCUUUAUGGUCAGCCACGUGCAACAACUACCGUAAGAAUUACAAUAUGCAACCAAACACGGCAAGGAAAUGUCGAAGCUGCCAGGCAGAUACUUACGUUGAAGCAAGGUUUCGUAUUCCAAUGGUAAUUAAGGAUGAAACGGGAACUUUAUAUGCAAUGAUCUAUGGGACUGAUGCAGAGAGAAUUAUCCCAUUUCAGCAUGAAUGA